AUGAUCUCCGACACGUGGCACUGGACGGCGGCGCUGGCUGUGCUGGUGGUCUGCCUCUGGCUGGCGAGGCGACUGCUCCCGAGCGGCAGCGGAGACCGGCGCUUGUCGACCGACUCCCAGGCGAACGAGCUCGCCUCGGCCGCCGAGGAGUACCCGGACCUGGGGAUCCCCCUGCACAGGCACGUCGAGAUGGCCCUGGACCCUCCACAGGGGCUGCACUGGAGCAACCCCCGUGCCCCGUACGAGUUCGAGAACGAGCUCUGCUGGGGGAAGUACAUAUUCUUCCACCCGCCGAGAUGCAAGGAGUCCGAGGGCGCGGGCGUCCUCGACUUCCAUAAGUAUCGAAGACGGGAAGAAGCGCGUGUGGGAGUUUCGAGUGGAGCUGCACUUCAAGCACCCCCCUGCGACCGACUCGCCGUUUUUCUUCGGCAUCGAGAUGGAAAAGUACGUCCCUCUGAGCGAGGCGUCUAA